GCUUUUCUCUUCUAACCCGGUUACAUUCCUUUCCUUUACAUUCAUUUGUUGUUGUUGUUAUUUUCUUCUCGUACACUCCUUUUGGCCCAACUUAUUUCCUCCCCAUGCGUUUCCUCAGUCUUUCCCUUUUACUUCCACUUGUGGCUGGCCACACAACUUUUACUACGCUCUACGUUGACGGCGUCAACCAGGGCGAUGGCGUCUGCGUUCGUAUGAAUCGCGACGUCAGCACCGCUACGUUUCCAAUCGAGCCUCUGGCGAACCGUGCGAUGGCUUGCGGUUAUGAUGGUGAAAAAGCCGUAACCCGAGUCUGCUCCGCCAACUCGACGUCAACGCUCACCUUCGAGUUCCGCGACUAUCCCGAUGCGUCCUCGCCGGGCUCCAUUGAUCCCAGCCACCGGGGUCCCUGUGCAGUGUACAUGAAGCGCGUCGACGACGCCACCGAGGACAACAACGCCGCAGGCGAUGGGUGGUUCAAGAUCUGGGAGCUGGGCUACGAUUCGCCCUCGGGCAAAUGGUGCACGGAGAAACUCAUCGACAACAACGGGCUGCUCUCGGUCGAGAUCCCCGCCGACAUCCGGGGCGGGGAUUACCUUGUCAGGCCCGAGUUGCUGGCUCUGCAGUCGGCGCAGGAUACGCCGCGCGAUCCGCAGUUCUACGUGGGCUGUGCGCAGGUGUUUGUGCAGUCCGACGGAGACGCCCAGCCGGAAACCGUGUCGAUCGAUGAGAAUACCUACAACCUGGACAUGGAGGCCUUGACGUACAACAUCUUCGAGACGCCCUUGAAGCUGCCCUACCCGUCGUUCGGCCCGGCUGUUUAUACGCCUGGCAGCGCGAAUCGCAGCGGCGGCUCCACGGAACGCAAAGCAACGGAGUCGGUGCAAACGAAGGGGUUGAAGCCCGAAGGGUGCAUUCUUGUUCGCGAUGACUGGUGUGGGUUCGAGGUUCCGUCCUACGAUACUCAGGAUGGAUGCUGGGCGUCUUCCAAGCACUGCUGGGAUCAGAGCGAUGUCUGCUGGCACACCGCGCUCCCGACCGGAAACAAAAACUGCGAGAUUUGGCAGCAGAAGUGCACCACGAUCGACGACAACUGCUCCAGCGGAGAUUGGGUUGGACCUCCCAACGCGGGCAAGGAUCUCACGCCCGUUGCCGGGAAAAUGGACGGCUCGAUGAAGAUCUUUACCAGGGGAACUGCUAUGAAUCUUCAUCGCCGCCGCAGAGUUGCAGGCCACGCAUAAGACACGACAACCUGCGACAUACAACUACACAAGACGGGGGGAGGGACCUAGGCCGGUUAUAUUGGUUAUCUCGUAGAGAUCAUGUACUGUACCUACACUCCGUAUGCUAGAAGGAAUCCCGAUCUC